AACAUGACCUUGUAUAUUUGUUCUUGUUGUUAUUUGUUGGUUCAUCUCACCAUCAUUGAAGUAUCAAUUUUUCAUCAUCAUGUGAUGGCAAGCAUUGCGACAGGUUUCAAUUUGUAAUUGGGUUUGUAUUUGUUUGAUCGAAUAGCUGCCAAAUUCUUCAAUUCUACACAUUGUAAAAAUCUCUAGCAAUUAUUAAGUCAGUCAUCCUGAUUGGCAGAGCUUCCUGGUUUCAGCUGUCGAGAUUGUUUUUCUGUCAAAAUCUGAAAUUCUGUCGGAAUUUACGAUCAAAAAGUUAGAAUCUAAAUUACAAAUCAAGGAACAAACGAAACUUGCAGAGGCCAUAAAUUUAGAUUGUUUGCUACCUAUAAAAAAAACUUUGUCCCUGAAACUUUUCCAAAUAAUGAUCAUAUAAAUAACAAUAAAAAACUUUUCACUUUUGUUGACGAAAAUUCGUUAUUUAAUUUUUUUCUCAAAUGUCGGAAGAAGUUAUAUAUUGUUAUCCCGGAACUUUUUACAAUCGAUCUAUUGACGAUAACACAAACUUCAACUCGGGAACGAUCGCCGAAAUGAAAAAAUAUGGUUACACAACCCUUGCUUUCAUAGUUCUACUAUCAUCGCCUUUCCUAAUAUUUCCCCCAUUUUACCUCAAAAAACUUAAUACAACCAGUCGUAAAAUAGUAGCUAUGAUUAUUCUUUCUGACGCAGUUUAUGCAGCUUCUGUAUGCAUUCGGAUUUUGCUCGGAGACAAGUCGAAAAACUAUGAUUUUGAGCCCGAAGAAAUUGAAGCAGGAUUGGAGGCGACGCUCUGCUUCAGCGCCGACUUUAUGUGCAACGUUGGACUAUCAUCGUCGUUGAUUUGGACAACUCUUUUGUUUUUCAACCUGUUUCUGGCUAUCGACGAGCGAUCAAAAGUUCCUUCGUGGUUUAAUGACCACAAAUUUCUGGCCAUGAAUCUAAUAGGAUGGCCACUUGGAUUUCUGACCAACGUUCCAGAAAUUAUGUAUCUUGCAACUUACAAGAUUGUAUAUAGUAAAUCAUAUAUCACCAAUGCAGCUUGUCGGCUAAAUUACACUUAUGUCGAAAAGAACAAUCAAUGUAUAGUUGAUACACAUGGGAAGACUGUGUUGUUCACUACAAACGUAAUCACCCUUCUGCUAAUUGCAACUAUAUGGGCGCUUCUUCUGGUUGUGGUUUAUAGAGCGAGAAGUUCAUAUAGACGAAACAGUCGCCAAGCCGAAUUAGAGGCCAAUAACUCGGUGGUUCGAAUGACUGGUUCGUCAGUCGCACGUGACUAUUCCUUAAAAAUCUACAAAUGCUCUCUACAAUUUUCGAUACCGAGUUUGGUGUACUCAUUUGCAUUUUUGCCGAUAAUUUGUGUGUCCUUCUACGAGAUUUAUAAUGGACCUGUUCAUAACUUUGCCAAUUUUGCUCUGACUUUCUGGGUUAUUUUCGACGGAGUUUUCAUUGCAAUUUGCAACAUAAUAUUCUACGGAUUCCUCAGUACAACAUUCAGAUCAGAAAUGACUAUUAUGUUUAGACAUUUUUUUCUGAGUUGUGAGAAAUUAAAAUUGCGCUUCAAGGUCAAACAACCACGAGAAUUUAGUGUGAAUGGCUGUGGCAUUGAUGAUAAUACCGACUGUUUGUCUCCGAUUGGCUCCGAUGACGCAUUUAAUUUUGAAUCUGACGAUGGAAGUAACGAGAUUUAUAUCGACUAAAAACUAUUUUAUCAAGUUUUAAUAACCUCCUAUCAAAAACUUAUCGACA